AUUCUAACUUGGUUUAGAAGGAGAGGAGAUUGGCCAGUAUAACAGGCACUACUAAUUAGGUAGUUGGCUAUAAAAAGAUGGCUGUCCCGUUUGUAUUCCUCCGUUGUCGGGGACUAAAACAAAUAUCAUCCAAUUUAUCAUUUUCCCGAUCAUACCAAAGUCUCCCUACUACAGUUGCUUCACUCUUGUCUGGCAACUCAAUGGUGUGGAAGUCCUCAGUGGUGAGAUCAGAAGCAAGGAUGAAAGGUGGGGUUCCCCAUAUGGUUAAAGGUUGCAGUAGGGUAGUCAUCGAUCGGCUCAGUGCUUUUGCACGUCCUAUGAUAGUUUCUGAUCUUGAUCAUACAAUGGGUCCAUCUGCUGUAACUGUCCAUCCAUCUGGUGUUUAGAAAACUCUACACAAAUGCAUACAUGAAUUGAAAGGGUGGUAUGGAGACAAGCAGGGAAAAAUGUUUUGGGUUUGGGUGGAUCGUGUAUUAUCUACACAGAAUGGUUCAAGCACAUGGCUGGUGAAUUUCAAUAAGUGGGAGCCGUGUGGUGAGAUUUCUUUAUAUGUUCUUCUAUAUCUGCUCAGUCUUUGCAUCUUUGCAAUUUAAACUAAAUGUCAUAUCCUUGC